AUGAAGCUCUUUUGUGCACUGAUAGGCGCGCUCUGCAUCUCUGGUGCUCAUAGCUUGCCCGUCUCUGGCUCUCCAGAUCCCCUCAAUCCGAACAUCCAGACUCUUCAUCAGUUUCCUAAAGGUGCUUGGGUAGAGAAUCUCGCGGUCCGGCAGAAUGGCGCUCUCCUUGUCACUCGUCUCGAUGUACCAGAGCUAUGGCAGAUUGAUCCCGUCUUUGACCCGAUCAAUAGCACUCCCCUCCACCCGAGCGGCAACGCUCGUCUGAUCUACCGCUUCCCCGGCGCCACGGGCCUCAUGGGUAUCGCAGGAGUCAACGCUAACUCUAGUGAUCACGACCGCUAUGCUGUCACUGCUGUCAACUUCUCCCUUAUGACCUUCACCGCCAUACCCUCGAGCAGCAGCGUCUGGCUCGUCGACCUCACCUCUGAAAAGAACGACGUUCAUGUGGAAAAGAUCGCCGAUAUCCCCGAAGCUGGCGUCCUGAGCGACAUCACGAACCUGGACAUCCUCGGCAAUAUGCUGAUCUCAGAUAGCACCGCAGGUUGCAUCUGGAAGCUCAAUGUGAACACAAAAGAGUAUGGUCGCUUCCUGUGCGACGACACGAUGAAGCCGCUCCCCGCUGCAGGACUACCAGUCGGCCUCAACGGCAUGAAGACGCUGACCAACGUGGCUAUCGAUCGCGCCUCUGGCGCCACACGCAGCGUCUUCAACCAACUCGCAGCCAAGCUCACCGUCGACAACUUCGCUGUCGACUAUGCCGGGAACAUAUGGGCCGCAGGCAACCCAACAAACACGGUGACCGUGAUCGGCAAGGACAAUAAGGUGGUGUGGACCAUUGGUUCUAAGAACUCAUCGGCACUAGCGGGCAUCACUGCUCUUGCAUGGAGGAGCAGAACAGACGGCCCCCUCUACGGUACCACUUGCGGAGGAGUCAUCGCACCGGUGAAUGGAACGUUCACGGAAGGCGGCAAGGUCGUGGCUAUACAGAUUUGGGGACUCGCUGGUGUGAACUAA